AUGGACGCGUCUGCGUCUGCGUCUGCGGCGGCGGCUGGCGGGCGGAUGCUGCUGGCGGCGGUGGAGGAGGCGAGCUUGGAAGAGAUCCUUGACAGCCUCCGUGCAUCAUUGCCCGACCCUGCAGCCAGCGAUGCGACGCCGCCCCAAAACACCAGAAGCAAGGUCAAGGUCAAGACGACGCACAUGGACGAGCUCGACCGCGUUGCGGCGCGGCACUUCCGCGACACGCAGGCGGCAACGACGUCCAUCUCGGGCCGCGGCCUCCCGCUGCUCUACACGCUCGUCUCGCAGCUCGCCGCGCCGCCGCUGCGGCAGGCCGUCCUCGUAGUCGAUCUCGACGGCCGCUUCGACGCCACGCGACUGACGUGCACCGAGGACGACAUGCGACACGUCUACGUGCAGCGGCCCGCGCACAGCGGCAGCGCCGUCACGGGGCCGGGCAUGGAGGGGCACCUGCGCGCGCUCGUCGCCGACGCCGGCGCAUUCAUGCUCUACGACGAUGCGGCGCAGGCGAGUCGCGCGCGGCAGUGGUGGGGGACGCUCGUCGUCGGAGGCGGCGGCGGUGGAGGAGGAGCUGGUGGAGGGGGUUACGGAGGGCCCGGCGCGGGAGACGUCGUGACGGGAUGGAGGGGCUGGCUGCGCGUCGACCGCGAUGAGGUGCCGGCCUUUGCGCUCGGCAUGAGCGCCGAUGAGGCCCUCGCGCAGAGACGAGCGCGGCAGGAUGCCGUCGAUGCGGCCGGUUGGGCGGCCACCUCGCCGUGGGGCGGCUUCGUCUUUCACGAGAGAUGA